UGCUGCCUGGACACCCUGGCAAGAGCCAACAUUAUUUUUGUUGUGUAGACCGCAGCCCUGUGCACACCUACCUGUAGGUUUGCUGGGAUAUCAAGGUUUGGGCCAGCUUUUCUUUUGACGCUUGGAGUCUGAGCCAGGGUACACGGCCUCUGCAGGGACAGACAAACAGACAGGCAGGAAGAGAUUCAGGGGCUCGCACAAGGAGCGACCUGCAGGAUGUCUGGAUCUAUACCGUUCUACCAGAAGCACCACCGCCACUACGACCGUGGCUACCGUAGCAAGGAGUCGGAGUCUAAAAUGAGCCUCUACCAGUCCAGCGCCAGAUACGCUGCUGGCAGCAGCAGCACCUCCAGGAGCAGGGGUCUUAAAGUGUCUUCCCACUCUGGACUGGAAGAGAGCAGACUAAGCCCCAUACCAAAGAGAGCCAAGCCAAGUUACUUGGCUGUGGAUAAAGAGAACCAAAUCAUCGGCUAUGUAGUGCCGAUCUUCAGGGGCAGCGAAGAGUUUGCUACAGGAUAUUCAAAUACAGAGGAAACAAGAGUGAGGGGCACUUCUGCACGCAUGGCUCGCAGAGAUUUGUUCACCAGUGGGUUGGAGAUGGAGAGGUCAGAGCUGAUCUCCAGGAAGGAGGCCAUGCGCGAGUCGGCCCAGCGCAUCUCGCUGAGCAAAACGAUCCAUGAACACGAGGAGCACUUCAAGCGUAUGAACGAAGACAGCCUGAUGCACGCCCCGGAGUUUGUGAUUAAACCUCGCUCCCACACUGUGUGGGAGAAGCAGUGUGUGAGGCUGCAUUGCACUGUCAGCGGCUGGCCUGACCCCCGGGUCGUCUGGUACAAAAACAAUGUGGCUAUUGACCCCCUUGCCAGUCCUGGCAAGUAUAAACUUGAGAGCAGAUACAGUGUGCACUCACUGGAAAUCAACAGGUGUGAUUUCGAUGAUACGGCGCAGUAUCGUGUUUCCGCCAUGAACUCCAAGGGAGAGCUGUCUGCGUUUGCCUCCGUUGUCGUCAAGAGGUUCAAAGGUGAAAUUGAUGAGUCCCUGCCAUCUCCUAGACGUUCCCUUACUGGAGAUGGCCCAGUGUCUGAAUAUGGCAUCACCUUCCAGACUCACAUUGUGGAUAAGUUUGGCGUGUCAUUUGGAAGAGAGGGCGAGACCAUGAGUCUGGGGUGCACGGUCAUCAUCUAUCCUGCCCUGCACCGCUACCAGCCGGAGGUGCAGUGGUACAGGGAUGAUGUUCUGCUGACUCCUUCUAAGUGGCAUCACAUGCGCUGGAGCGGAGACCGAGCCACGCUGACCAUGACGCACCUCAACAAAGAGGACGAGGGGCUCUACACUCUGCGUGUCACCACCAAGUCUGGAUAUGAAACCUACUCGGCCUAUGUCUUUGUCAGAGAUGCUGAUGCUGAGGUUGAAGGAGCCCCUGGAGCCCCUCUGGAUGUGCGCUGUCUGGAUGCCAACAAGGAUUACAUUAUUGUCGCGUGGAAGCAGCCGGCUGUCGAUGGCGGUAACUCCAUCCUGGGCUACUUUGUGGAUAGGUGUGAGGUUGGAACCACCCACUGGUUCCAGUGCAAUGACACCCCGGUCAAGUUUGCCCGUUUCCCCGUCACCGGUUUAGUGGAGGGCCGCUCUUACGUCUUCCGCGUCCGCGCUGUCAACAAGAGCGGCAUGAGCCGCCCGUCCAGAGUGUCCGAGGCAGUGGCUGCUAUGGACCCGGCUGACCGCGCACGUAUGAGAGGUACUUCCGCUCCCUGGACCGGACAAAUUAUCGUCACAGAAGAGGAGCCCGCAGAGAGCGUUGUUCCUGGCAGACCUCUUGAGCUGCAGGUGACUGAGGCCACCAAGAAUUAUGUGGUGCUGAGCUGGAAGCCGCCAGGAGAGAAAGGCCUUGAGGGCGUCAUGUACUAUGUGGAAAAGUGUGUGUCCGGCACUGACAGCUGGCAGAGGGUGAACACGGAGAUCCCGGUGAAAUCUCCUCGCUUUGCGCUGUUCGAUCUCGCCGAGGGGAAGUCCUACAGCUUCCGCGUCCGCUGCUGCAACUCUGCCGGUGUAGGAGAGCCAUCCGACCCAACUGAGGCCACCACAGUUGGAGACAAGCUUGAUAUCCCAUCUGCCCCAGGAAAAGUUAUUCCCACCAGAAACACGGACACGUCCGUUGUCGUGUCCUGGGAGGCGUCUCGCGAUGCCAAAGAGUUGGUGGGAUACUACAUCGAGGCCAGUGUUGUGGACAGCCACGUGUGGGAGCCAUGCAACAACAAGCCUGUAAAAGGAACCAGGUUCAUCUGCCACGGGCUGAUGACAGGAGAGAAGUACAUGUUCAGGGUGAGGGCAGUGAAUGCAGCGGGGCUCAGCCAGUUCUCCCCGGAGUCAGAGGCUGUGGAGGUGAAGGCUGCUAUAGCCUCUCCUACUCCGCCCUAUGGCAUCACUGUGCUGGAGUGUGUGCGCGACUCCAUGGUGCUGGCCUGGAAACAGCCAACAUUCAUAGGAGGUGCUGACAUUACCGGAUACUUUGUGGAUUACCGUGAGGUCAUUGAUGGCGUUCCGGGCAAGUGGCAUGAGGGCAACGUCAAGGCUAUUAGCGAGAGGGCCUACAGGGUGUCUGACCUGAAGGAGAACAAGAAGUACCAGUUCCAGGUACGAGCGGCUAACAUGGCAGGUGUUGGUAUCCCGUCACUGCCCAGCAACACCUUCCUGUGUGAGGAAUGGACCAUUGCGGUACCAGGACCACCUCAUGAUCUGCAGAUUAGAGAGGUGCGAAGCGACUCCCUGGUGUUGCUGUGGAAACCGCCCGUGUACCAGGGCCGCGAUCCUGUGAACGGCUUCUACAUUGACAUCAAGGAAGCGGACGCACCAGAGGAGGCCUGGAGAGGAGUCAACACCAAGGCUACAGAGAAGAACUUCAUGACGAUCAAGAACCUUAAAGAAGGAGAGACGUAUGUGUUCCGUGUGCGCGCUCAGAAUAAAGCCGGCGUUGGAAAAACUUCAGAGGUGACCGAACCAGUUCCCGCUGUGACCAAACCAGGCACCAAGGAGAUUUCUGUGGAUGUGGAUGAUAAUGGUAUCAUCUCCAUGAACUUUGAAUGCUGCGACAUGACUGCCGACUCCAAAUUUGUGUGGUCCAAGAAUUACGAAGAAAUCACAGACACCUCCCGCUUGACUACAGAAACCCACGGAAACAAGUCCAAAGCUGUUUUCAACGCUCCUGGGGAGGAGGACAUUGGCAUUUACUCAUGUCUCGUCACUCACACUGACGGGGCUUCAUCCAGCUACACUCUCUCUGAGGAAGAGUUGAAGAGGCUGCUGGUGAUCAGUCAUGAUCACAAAUUCCCAAUUAUUCCCCUGAAGUCAGAGUUGGCCGUGGAGCUGAUGGAGAAAGGCAGAGUUCGCUUCUGGCUGCAGGCGGAGAAGAUUUCAACCAACGGCAAAGUCGAUUACGUUUUCAAUGACAAUGCUCUUUCUCAGGGGGAGAAAUACAAGAUGAACUUCGACAAGAACACUGGUGUGAUUGAGAUGAUCAUGGAGUGUCUGACCCCGGCAGAUGAGGGCACCUACACCUUCCAGAUGCAGGACGGGAAAGCCACCAACCAGUCCAGCUUGGUGCUGAUCGGAGACGUGUUCAAGCAGCUGCAGAAAGAAUCCGAGUUCCAGAGAAAAGAAUGGGUCAGAAAGCAAGGUCCUCACUUCAUCGAGUACUUGGGCUACGAGGUGACACCAGAGUGCUGCGUUGUGCUCAAGUGCAAGGUGGGCAACAUGAAGAAGGAGACCACCGCCAUGUGGUACAAAGACGGACACCAGAUCAAAGCGGACGAGCACCUCGGCUUCGCAGAGGGGGUCCUGAAACUGGAGAUUGCUCAGAUUUCUAAGAAGGAUGCGGGCGUGUACGAGGUUAUUCUGAAGGAUGACAGGGGACAGGACAAGUCCACACUCAACCUGACGGAUCAAGGUUUCAAAGACUUGAUGAAUGAAGUUUUCAGUUUUAUUGCCAAUUCCUCCACUCCACUGAAGAUCACAACCACGGAUGAGGGCAUCCGACUCUACACCUUCGUCAGCUACUAUAACGAUUUGCUCCAAGUGACAUGGCACUACAAGGACUCAGCGAUAUCCUUCUCCGACCGCCUAAAGAGCGGCGUGGUUGGAGAGCAGCUGUGGCUCCAGAUCACAGAGCCCACGGAGAAAGACAUGGGCAAAUACGCCAUCGAGUUCAAUGAUGGAAAGGGAGGCCUGAGGAGGACUGUUGAUCUCUGUGGUCAAGCAUUUGAUGAUGCUUUUGCAGAAUUCCAGAGACUGAAAGCUGCUGCCACUGCAGAGAGAAAUCGUGCUCGAGUAGCAGGAGGCCUGCCUGAUGUGGUGACUAUACAGGAGGGCAAGGCUCUCAACCUCACCUGCAACAUUUCCGGCAACCCUGUGCCAGAAGUCACCUGGCUGAAGAACGACAGAGAGAUCACGUCCGACGAGCACUGCAUCCUCAAGUUCGAGUCGGGCAAGUUCGCCAGCUUCACCAUCACCGCGGUAAACACGUCAGACUCCGGCAAGUACAGCAUCCUGGUGAAGAACAAGUACGGCACGGAGAGCGGGGACUUCACCGUAAGUGUCUUCAUCCCCGACGAGGCGGCCGGCAAGAAAAAGUAAAAAGCGGUCCAAAUCUUGUCGCAAAUAUGUAGGGUCUAACAUAUUUGUGUAGGAUAGAAAAACUAUAAAAACUAGAGGUGCUGAAUCUGAACCUGCAGUUAACAGUCAAGAGUCGUAACUUUAAAAUUGUACACAUUUGGUCCAGCGAUAAGAAAUCCAGCCAGAACAAGACAAAGUUAUUUGUCACACUCAAAUUAUUACAGGUGCAAAUUUUUGUUUGUGUAAAGCUGUGACAUGCCCUGAAGCAAACGUUGGCUUUAGAUGGAGAUGCCAAGGAAACAAGGUAACAGGCUCAAUGUUGUGUAGAUAUAGUAGGUGCAACUCAUAAACACACAAAGCCAGUGUUAAAUAACUUUAGAUAAAAAUGUCUACUAAGCAGAGAAUACCUAAAUCUGAUCACUGCCACUUUUAGUUUGACUGUAACUUUUGCCUGUGGAGACCUGGUGAGUGUUAGGCUGUCUCGUUGUGUGCAAACAAAACGAGUAGCAAAUGGGUAAAAAUCAUUUGCAAUUUCAUCUGUGUUUGUUCCACUGUAUUCCCAAUCACUUUGUCUGCCCGUCUGUAGUGAACACUGAAUGUCAGCCCUCCCACUGUCCCCACAUUGUUAUUGAUGUUAUUCACCACUGUUACGACGUCCCCUUCACAGUGCAUCAUUAAUGAUUAAUGAUUACGGUGAUGUUAAUGUAAUGAUGACUGUGAGGUCACACCAAUAGUGAUGACUGCUUCACUUCCUGUUCCCCUGUUGUUGUUUUUUUUUUUUUUUGAUGAGACUAAUAAUAAAUGAAACGCAUGUACUUCCCACA